GCCUCGGAACUGAGACGAUGCGUGCGCUCCGCGACCGAGCCGGGCUCUUCCUCUGCGUGCUUUUGCUUGCGGCGCUGCUGGCCGCGGCGCGAGGGCUCCCCGUGAAGAAGCCGCGGCUCCGCGGACCACGGCCUGGGAGCCUUACGAGGCUCGCAGAGGUCUCAGCCUCCCCAGAUCUUAGGCCUCUGAAGGAAGAGGAGGAGGCACCACUGCUCCCCAGAACCCAUCUGCAGGUAGAGCCACACCAACAUGGACGCUGGGCUGUCACUGAGCCAGCAGCCCUGACCCCAGGCAAUGCCACCCCUCCCAGGACCCCAGAGGUUACUCCCUUGCUGCUGGAGCUGCAGAAGCUGCCGGGAUUGGCCAACACAACCUUGAGUACCUCUAACCCUGAUAUCCAGGUGACCAUCGAGGUGGUGGAAGACCCCCAGGCCGAGGUGGAGAUAGACCUGUUGGCUGAGCCCAGCAAUCCCCCGCCCCAGGAUACCCUUAGCUGGCUGCCCGCCCUCUGGUCCUUCCUCUGGGGAGACUACAAAGGAGAGGAAAAAGACAGGUCUCCAGGGGAGAAGGGGGAGGAAAAGGAGGAAGACAAGGAUUAUCCUUCAGAGGAAAUCGAGGGUGAGGACCAAGAGGACAAAGAGGAAGAUGAGGAAGAGGAGGCGCUCUGGUUCAAUGGAACUACAGACAACUGGGACCAGGGCUGGCUGGCCCCCACGGAUUGGGUCCUCAAGGAUUCUGUCAACGACGACUAUGAGCCUCAGGAGGAGUGGAGUCCCUGGUCUCCCUGCAGUGGGAACUGCAGCAUUGGCAACCAGCAGAGGACUCGGCCCUGUGGCUAUGGCUGUGCUGCCACUGAGACCCGUACCUGUGACCUGCCCUCCUGUCCUGGCACUGAGAACAAGGACACCUUGGUCCUCCCCAGUGAGGAGUGGCAGCUCCUGGCCCGCAACGCUACAGACAUGCAUGACCAAGAUGUGGACAGCUGUGAGAAGUGGCUGAACUGCAAGAGCGACUUCCUAAUCAAGUACCUGAGCCAGAUGCUGCGGGACCUGCCCAGCUGCCCGUGUGCCUACCCGCUGGAGGCCAUGGACAGCCCCGUGAGCCUGCAGGACGAGCACCAGGGCCGCAGCUUCCGGUGGAGGGACGCCAGCGGCCCUCGCGAGCGCCUGGACAUCUACCAGCCCACAGCGCGCUUCUGCCUGCGUUCCAUGCUGUCUGGGGAGAGCAGCACACUGGCCGCCCAGCACUGCUGCUAUGACGAGGACAGCCGGCUGCUGACCCGUGGCAAGGGUGCCGGCAUGCCCAACCUCAUCAGCACCGACUUCUCACCUAAGCUGCACUUCAAGUUCGACACGACGCCCUGGAUCCUGUGCAAGGGAGACUGGAGCCGCCUCCACGCUGUGCUCCCCCCCAACAACGGCCGGGCCUGCACCGACAACCCCCUGGAGGAGGAGUACCUGGCACAGUUGCAGGAGGCCAAGGAGUACUAGUGACGGGGCUGCUGAACAGACACUGCAGGGAGAGGGCAGGCAGCUGCUGCUGUUGCACGGGAGAACUUUCCUGGUAGGGCCCUCACCUGCCCCUGCCCAGACAGGGUGAGGAAAGGGCUCCCCCAGUGAGGUUGGUCCGAGGCUGCGUGCCCUCUGCCAGCGACCCCAAGGCAGAUAUCUCAGUGGGGUUAGUGAGAAGGUUGAAGGGUAUGUAGGGCCCAGGGUGGGGGUCCCUGGGGGCCCUGGAAAUGUGCGUAUGUGCAUAUGUCUGCUGGGGCCUUCCUCUGCUGCCUGCUGGGACCCUGACCGCUCAUUUUUCUCCUCCUUGGGAGCUGGGCUCUUCUGCCCUGGCUUUGCACAUAGGUGUUAGCCAGCAGCUCCAGAAACAUCCCGAUUCCCGGAAUCUGCCAUGAGUCACUCACACCCUACCCUGAUGGCCAGCAGAGAAA